AUGGCACGCGAGUUUGUGGACACUGGUGUGGCUAUGAUACACAUCGACGACCUAGCCAUCGGCAUGAAGAAGUUCACAGUUGGUCAAGGGCGGACUAUCGUACCCACUCAGGAAUACCUGGAUCGUCUGACAGCUGUGCGGAUGCAAUUUGAUGUCAUGGGCGCGGAGACGCUACUGUUGUGCCGCUGCGAUACAGACCAUGCUGAAUUCAUCACCAGUGUCGUCGAUGAGCGUGACCAUGAAUACGUGCAGGGCGCAACGAAGGAGGUUGAGCCACUGCAAAAGUGCGUUCAGGCCGCACAGAUCGAAGGUAAAGAUUUGAAGGUUGCACGAGACGAGUGGAAGGCCAAAGCGGGAAUCAAGACAUUCGACGAAGCUGUAGAGGCCGUUGCGACGGAAGAAGAGUAUGCCGCAUAUAAGGCAGAGCUGUCGAAACAGAAGUUCGCGUCCCUGUCCGAUCGUCGCAAUAUCGCAACCAAGACCGUCCAACAGGAAGUGAUUUUCGACUGGGAGCUAUCGAGAUCAGCCAUGGGUCAAUAUAUGCUGAAAAGCUGCGUCAAAGGCACCGUCGAGCGUGCCAUCGCCGCUGCACCGCUUGGAGACGUAACUUGGGCACGUAUGGAUUCACCUAACUGGGGAGACAUCGUUGAAUUUCACACAGAAGUUCGGAAGGUGUAUCCGGACAGACUUUUCGCCUUUGGCUACACCGGCGACUACGACUUUGGGAAAGCCGGCUUCAGUGAGAACCAUGUUAAGAACCUACAUCUUGACCUUGCCAAGCUAGGAAUCGUGUGGCAGGUCCAACCGAUCUGGAGUCUGCAAGGCCUGAACAUGGUGACGGAACAAUUCGCAAAGAUGUGGCAGGAGCAAGGUAUUGCUGGCUACUUGAAGUCGAUCCAAGGUCCAGCUCUUAAUUCAAAGCCUAUGACGGACGGCUUCGAGAAAUUGAGCUAUUGCGGUGGGUACCUGGCAGAUGCAUUCUUUGAGACAGUCGCAGGAGAGUCAAUUGUAGAGAAAGGGAAGGCUGCCAACUUCCAGAGACACUGA